AUGACCGAGACAAACGAUGCGUCAAUUAUGUGUCAUCCAUCUUACACCCAAAUUGCCGAGUUGUUCAUAAAGGAACUACGAAAACAGUCUGCGGAGAUUGAACUACUCAAUCGGCGGAUCGACCAAUUGGAAAAACAAAAUGCGAUCGUGAAACCGCCAGACGUUGAAAUCGAUCUGGCAAAAGAACGAACCGAGGAAUUUGAAACGGAUAUCUCAUUGAAGCAUGAAGAACACGAAACGCGGAAACAAACCAUGAGAAUAGACCAAGAAAACCAAGAAUUAAGAGCACAAAUAUGCCAAGUAUCUGAGGCGCACCCUUGCGUUCAACACAUCAACGAAUUCAAGACCGAAUUCACCAAAUUAAACAAAGAUAAUCAAAGAUUUAAACAACAAAUAUUUAAAGUGUCGAGUGCCAUCGCUCAAUUGCAACCUUUCCUGACAGAGAUGAUUAACGCAAAGAAAGAAUUCCAAGAAGUCCGAAAGGAAUUUCAACUACUGAUGCCAAUGGUUGACGAGCUGGGCGACGUAAACGAAAAGAUACAAUCAAUGUUAAAAAUAAUAGGAUAUCUUACAGAAUACAUGGUCAUAAAUGAAAAAAGCAAGGGAACAAAUAAUUCGAUUGUAGUCCCCUUCAAAACUGGGUAG